UAUUCUACCGAAAGAAAAUGAUUGUUUCACGAUUUAACAAUCUAUGAUCUUUAUGGUUUAUGGUAGAAAAAAGAAACAGUUUCCAUAUGAUAGCUUGACAGCUGCUUGGAAAGGAAUUUAUAUACAUUUUAUUAUUUAUUUUGUUCAAUUUAUAAUAUGUGAUAUUUAUUAUACAAUUGAUCAAUUUAGAAGACCAUACUUUUUGAUGAAUACAUAAUCAAAAAGAAGAAAAUGUUUUCUGCCUUUAAAAGAUUAGCUGGAAAGUCUGAUGGAGUUAGUAAUGCAUCAGCUAGACCAGCACAUCAAUCCAUGCCAACAACUUUACAAAGAAAAUUUGCUAAAGGAGUACAAUAUAAUAUGAAGAUCAUCAUAAAAGGAGAUAGAAAUGUAGGAAAGACAUGUUUAUUUCAUAGACUUCAAGGUCAAAAAUUUGUUGAAGAAUAUAUACCCACUGAAGAAAUACAAGUGGCUAGUAUUCAGUGGAAUUAUAAAGCUACAGAUGAUAUAGUAAAAGUUGAAGUGUGGGAUGUUGUGGAUCGUGGAAGACGAAGAAGAAAAUUGGAAGGUUUAAAAAUGGAUAAUUCUACUACUGAAAGUAUUAUUGAAGAGCCUGCUUUAGAUGCAGAAUUCCUUGAUGUUUAUAAAGGGACCAAUGGUGUUAUUAUUAUGAUGGAUAUAACCAAAACUUGGACAUUUGAUUAUGUUCAACGUGAACUUCCAAAAAUUCCUAGCCAUAUACCUGUUAUAGUUUUAGGCAAUCAUUGUGAUAUGUCUCAUCAUAGAACAGUUACAAUAGAUCAUAUAACAUAUUUUAUUGAUUCAUUGCACAGACCAUCUGCACAAAUAAGAUAUGCAGAAUCAUCAAUGAGAAAUGGUUUUGGAUUAAAACUUUUGCACAAGUUUUUUAAUCUUCCUUUUCUUCAAUUACAAAGAGAAACUUUAUUAAAACAGCUUGAAACUAAUGAAGAAGAAACUCAUUUGACGGUACAAGAACUUGAUCUUUUCCAAGAUAGUGAUGACGCAGAUUAUAAUAAAUUUUUAGACAAUCUUGUGAACAGAAGAAGAGCUCUCGCUGAUUCAGUGUCUGCUAGUAUUCUAGUGCCCAAUGUUACUUCGUCUCUGACUAGUCAUCGUGUCACACCUUCCAAUGGUAUUAUAACUUCAAAUACUGAAGUACGGCGGUCAGUAUCAAUGCCUGGCCCAAUUGGUGGUGGGAUUCCUAUACCUGUAAAAAAUUUAGAAAUAAAAUCGCCACCAAAAAAGGAAAAUUUAGUAAAUAAUACUUCAGAGAGUUCUAUUGUAUCAAUGAAAAAUACACAAUCCAUAUCAAGUUUACCUAAUGCACAAAAUAUUUCUAAACCAGACACUUCUAAAGUAAAUGAAUCUGCACAUGAUAAUUUAGAAUGGAAAGAUUGUACAGGAAAAUCACAAUCUUUAAUGUCUAAAAUCUUUGGAAAUAAAAAAGAAAGUGAAACAGAGAGGCUGUCUAACAUUAGCACUCUUAAUUUGAACAAGCCAUUAACCAGUGUUGAAGACUUUGUACCAGAUGAUGGACUUUUAGACAGAUCUUUUUUAGAAGAUAAUAAUCAGGCGUCUCUUCAAAAAAUACAACAUGAAGAAUUAGAUUCAGAAAGUGAUGUAGAAACUGCAAAUCCUUUGGUGGCAGAAUAUGAAGAUGAUUUAUCAUCAGCUGACGAAGUGGCAUCUCCUAUACAACCAAAAUUAGCAGAAAAUCCAUUAAAUAAGCAAAAACUGAAACGGGAAUCAAUAUUAAAUAAUACAGAACUGAAUUCUGAAACACAAAGACAAAUUAAUAAACGUGAUUCUAUCUCAUCUAUAGAACAAGAAAUUCACAUUUCAAAUAACAUAAAAAUUAAUGAACAGCCUGAUGUAUAUCCUGAUGCAUUUGAUAGUUGGUUGCAAUGUGAUUCUAAAUGGCGGCAAAGUCCAGAAGGUGGUGAAGAUGUAAUUUGUAAUAGUACGAGGAGAGAUAAAUUGGAAUUAAGUGAUAAAAGUUUAGAUGUUAGUGUUACAAGUUCUAAUGUUCAUUUAGAAUUACUUGACAAUAUUAGCAUGCAACAUAUAAGUUCUAAUGGUAGUAGUCCUAUAAUGAAAGAAAAGAAGAAACAUAAGGAAAAGGUAGAUGAAAAAGAGAAAAGAAGGAAAAAGAAAUCUAAAGAUAAGGAAAGAGAUAAAGAGAAGAUAGAUAAAAGUGAAAAAAAGAAAAAGCGUUCUGUUCAUAGAUCAAGAGAUGAAAAUAGACGACGUGAUGAAUUGGAAGAAUUUUUAAAUGGUCCCCCAAUGAGAAUUGGAGUUGAUAUUGCUUAUGAAGCGAUAUAGUAUUAAUAAUAAAUAAAUAAAUAAAUAAAUAUAUAUAUAUAUAUAUAUAUAUAUAUAUAUUCUUUGUAUCUAUAAUAAUCUAUCAUGUUUUUGUGCAUGAAUACACAUCAAUUUGAUGUAAAAUACGGUACAUCAAUUGGCAAAAAAGGCAGUCUUUAAACAUCAAUAAAUUUUAAAAUAAUAAUUAAAUUUAUGUAAAUUGUAUUAAAAAACAUAUAAAAAAUCACUGUUAAGAUUGUAAAUAGUACAGAUUCAGUCAUUAAUAACUAAUUGCUAUUAAAGUUCAAGAUUAAUUUAUACAAAAAAUUUUUUUUGUACUUUUCUUUUUAAUAAUUGAAUUUUAAUACAUUAAAAUAAAUAUUAAAUAAGUAAAUGUAAUAAAUUGAUUAUAUGUUAAUAUUAUAUUCCUUUAUCAAGCAAAAGUGUUAAGAUUGUCUUAUUAACUUAUAUUUUAAAUUGUUAUUAUUUAGUCCUUUUUAUAUUAAAUAAUUUUUAUAAUUGUCAUUCAAUUAAUAUUGUGAAUAUAAAAGUAUCUGUGAUUUUUGCGUGGCAAAAUUAUCUGUUUUAUUUGUGAGUUUGAAAUAUACAAUAAAAUAUUUUACUAUUUGACAAUAAAUUUGUUGCUGUACGAUUUUACUUAUAUUUAUACAUGAUGAAACGUAUAUGUAUAUCUAUACUUAUAAAAACAAAGUAAUUCUGCAUGUUAUGACUUCUUAUAUUAAUAAAUGUAACAUAAUUUAAAGAUAAAUGAAUCUAUAUAAUUCAAGUAUUACAUAUGUGUAUAUAUAUAUAUUUCCUAUCUUAUAUUUUAGAUAUAUCUUUUCAUUUAUAAUAAAACAGGUAUUGUUUUUUAUACAAAUCAGUUUGAUCUGAAGUCUGAACUUUCUUAGGUAAUGUAAAAAGAUUGUUAACCCUGUGUCUCUGCUGUUACUAGUUGAUACUUGAAUAGCAUGACGAGUCAUGGAGGCACUUGUGUUCCGUGCUUGUUAAAAGAACAUUUUCGCAAUUUACGAUUGAAUUGUGUAUAAAAAAUAGUAAAAUAAA